AUGCAAGACGACGGCUUCGAGGCUCUUUUGGAGCCCUUCUACAACGGAAAGAAGCUCACAGACCCCAUCUCAACCAAGGAAGACAAAUUCCAGCUCCUGCCCGCCUUCCUCAAGGUCAAGGGUCUCGUCAAGCAGCACAUUGACUCAUACAACUUCUUCGUCGAGAACGAAAUCAAGGAGAUUGUUCGUGCCAAUCGCAUCAUUCGAAGCGAUGUCAAUAGCUCUUUCUGGCUCGAAUUCACUGAUAUUAGGGUCGAACGCCCUAGUCGUGUCGACUUCAACGAUAUCAGGGCACAGAAUGAGGUCUCCCCGAUGGAAUGUCGUCUGCGCGACAUGACGUAUGCAGCCCCCAUCAUGGUCGACAUCGCCUACAUCCGCGACAAGUCAAAGAUUGUGCGCAAGAACGUUCCUCUCGGACGCCUGCCUGUCAUGUUGAAAAGCUCGAUUUGCCGCCUCGGUGGUGCUACCAAUGCCGAAAUGUCUCGCAUGAAUGAGUGUCCUCUCGACCCCGGUGGCUAUUUUAUCAUCAACGGAACCGAAAAGGUCAUUCUCAUCCAAGAACAGCUUAGCAAAAACAGAGUCAUCGUCGAGGCAGACGAGAAGAACAGCAUCAUCACAGCUUCCGUUACCAGUUCGACUCACGAGCGUAAAUCCAAGACGUAUGUUACACUCAAGAAGGACCGGAUCCUCCUCACCGCCAACAUUCUGGUCGAAGGAAUUCCCAUCGUCAUUAUCCUCAAGGCGUUGGGCGGACUAUCAGACUACGAGAUCAUGCAGCUGGUUGCCGGAGAUAACGGAAAAUACCAGGACGAGUUCCUUGUGCAAUUCGAGGAAGCUACCAAGGUCGGCGUUUACACACAGCAGCAAGCUCUCGAAUACAUCGGCGCGAGAGUAAAAAUGGGCAAGAGCAGAGUCCCAUUUUCCGCCCAAGUCAGACGCAACCAUGUGGAAGAAGCCCUCGACGCCUUGGCGAACCUCAUCAUUGCCCACGUCCCCAUCGAGGGCUUGGACUUCUAUCCCAAGGCAGUCUACGUGGCAUUCAUGACACGUCGCGUCCUCAUGGCGCAGAGCAACCCUAGCCUCGUCGACGACCGAGACUUUGUCGGAAACAAGCGCCUCGAGUUGGCAGGUCAACUUCUUUCUCUUCUUUUCGAAGAUUUGUUCAAGCAGUUUUGCGGCAACGUCAAAAGCAGCAUCGACAAAGUCUUGAAGAAGGACAACCGUGCUGUUCCCCUGGACGCCGUCAACAUGAUCAGCAAUCAUGCCAACAUGAUCGGACAGGGCAUCAACCGAGCAAUCCAGACGGGCAAUUGGACCGUUAAGCGGUUUAAUAUGAAUCGAGCGGGCGUGACCCAUGUGCUCAGUCGUCUCAGCUACAUCAGCGCUCUUGGUAUGAUGACCCGUAUCAGCAGUCAGUUCGAAAAGACCCGCAAAGUCUCCGGUCCUCGUGCACUUCAGCCAUCGCAAUGGGGUAUGCUUUGCACCUCCGACACGCCAGAAGGUGAAGCUUGUGGUCUGGUCAAGAACUUGGCACUCAUGACCCAUAUCACGACCAACGUCGAGGAGGGACCUGUCAAGCGAUGGGUGUUUACGCUCGAUGCCGGGGUCGAACCCAUCAGGAACUUUUCCGGUGGUGAGAUGCACCGUGAAGGUUCAUAUGUCAUACACAUUAACGGAACGCCCUUCGCGUUGACGAGAUAUCCCAAGCGAUUCGCCGGAAAGUUCAGGACAAUGAGGAGGCGUGGCUGGAUCUCUCCUUUUGUCAGCAUUCACAUCAACAACCACUUUAACGCAGUCCAUAUCGCCACCGACGAAGGCCGUAUUUGCCGACCUUACAUCAUUGUCAAGAACGGCAAGCCCAAGCUAAAGGAAGAGCAUCUUCGACUUCUCCAGCUGGGUAAGGCCACGUUCGACGACUUCUUGACUCACGGAAUCGUCGAGUACCUCGACGUCAAUGAGGAGAACGACACACUCGUUGCUCUGUAUGAGACAGACGUCACCAUGACCACCACUCACAUGGAGAUUGAGCCGUUCACAGUCCUUGGCGCUGUCGCCGGUCUCAUUCCCUUCCCUCACCACAACCAGUCUCCCCGUAACACCUACCAAUGUGCAAUGGGCAAGCAAGCCAUUGGUGCCAUUGCUUACAACCAGUUCAACCGUAUCGAUACCCUUUUGUACACCUUGGUGUAUCCCCAGAGACCGAUGGUCAUUUCGAAGACGAUCCAGCUGGUCAACUACGACAAGCUUCCCGCUGGACAGAAUGCGACUGUUAUUGUCAUGUCGUAUUCUGGCUACGAUAUCGAGGACGCGUUGGUGUUGAACAAAGCGUCUUGCGACCGUGGUUUUGGACGCUGCCAGGUCUUCCGGAAGUACACCGCGGAACUACAGAAGUACCCCAACGGCCGCCGCGAGCGUAUCGGAGACCCCGUUAAUGACGAGAAUGGCCGAACCACCAAGCACGCGGCGUUGGAUGAAGAUGGGCUGGCAGUUGUGGGCUACAAGGUCAACUCGGGCGAAGUCAUGAUCAAGAAGGAGACGCCGCUUGACACGGGAUCGACCGGCAUUGGCAUGGAUCGCGGGCCGAGCGAGUUCCGUGACUCGUCUAUUUCGUACAGAAUAGCUGACCCGGCGUACAUCGACAAGGUCAUGGUAUCUCACACAGAGAGAGAGACGAUGGUGGUCAAGGUUCAGACGCGGCAAACGAGACGACCGGAGCUUGGCGACAAAUUUUCUUCUCGUCACGGACAGAAGGGUGUCGUUGGUAUCAUUGUCGAUCAAGAGGACCUCCCAUUCUCUGACACUGGUCUGGUUCCCGACAUUAUCAUGAACCCCCACGGUUUCCCCUCUCGUAUGACCGUCGGCAAGCUUCUGGAAUGUUUGACCGGUAAGGCUUCUGUCUUGGAUGGCCGAAAGGACUACGGCUUCGGUGACGCUUUCCGCUCCCACCCACUGGAACAAAUGAGCGCCGCGUUGGUCGACCAUGGAUUCUCGUGGGAGGGCAAGGACUACUUCACAUCGGGUAUCACCGGAGAGCCCCUGGAAGCCUACAUUUUCAACGGCCCCAUCUACUACCAGCGUCUGAAGCACAUGGUGCAAGACAAGAUGCACUCGCGUUCUCGUGGUCCCAGAGCCAUCCUCACCCGCCAGCCCACGGAAGGUCGUUCCCGAGACGGUGGUUUGCGUUUGGGAGAAAUGGAGCGUGAUUGUUUGAUUGCGUACGGAGCCUCUCAGCUACUUCUGGAACGUUUGAUGAUCAGCUCCGACGGGACGCAACUCGACAUCUGCCAGCAGUGUGGCUUAUUCGGCUACAAGGGAUACUGCCAUACCUGUAAGAGCACCAGGGAAGUGACGCAGAUGACGAUGCCGUACGCUGCAAAGCUUCUGGUGCAAGAGCUCAUCAGUAUGAACGUCGGUGUGCGGUUGCAACUUGAAGAUGAGUUCCCUCACCCAAGAUGA